GGGAGGGACUGAUAUGUACCAACUUGCUGAAGGGCAAGGCUUUUCAGGGCAUGCUCUCCCUUCCUGUGAAAGUUUGUCUGUUCAAUUUUCUUGCUGCAGGUUGUGAACAGGCUAUAUUGAGAAUUUUCUGCAGUAGAGACAUUGUUGUGCUUAGAUCUGGGUCAAGCGUAUUAACUUCCUGUGGACUCUGGAAUACUGAAGAGAACUGUGGUGAAAGGCCUAAAGACGACCUGCUGCCAAAUUAAAGUGAGUGGUCUACUGAGGAACCCCAACAUGUCCAGGAAAGGGAGCUGGCAGUGAAGCAGAAAGCAUAUUAUUCUCCAUUAAAUGUUGUGAAGUGUAUCUCCUAAAGAGCCUCCAGCAUGGGUGAUGACAUGAGCAUAAAGUUUCGCCAGCAGCUUCUAGUCAUUGAUGAAAACCUGGGAACUGAAGAAGUGGAGGCCCUGAAAUUUCUCUGUAGUGACUUGCUCUCCUUCAAAAAGCUGGAAGCAGUAGAAUCAGCUCAGGACAUUUUCCAGCUCCUCAUGGCUAAGGAUUUUCUGAAUAAGGAAGAUGCUUUCAUAGUAGCUGAGCUUUUGUACAGGAUUAGGUGUCACUUCCUGCUCCAUAAACUUGGCUACACUAAGGAAACAGUGCAAGAAAAUCUACCCUGGAAAGGGAAGGUAUCUCGGUACAGGCAGAUGCUGUAUGAACUGUCAGAAGACAUCACCAGUGAGGAUUUAAGAAGAGCCAGGUUCCUCUUGAGGGACCAGCUCCCAAAGAAACUGACAAAUAUGUCCAGUCUAGAGCUGCUGACCUUUCUGGAAAAACAAGACCAUCUAGCAGAAAACAACUUGCAAAUACUGGAGAAAAUCUGUAUGGAAAUUUCACCUGAUCUCCUGAAAACAAUAAAUAAAUAUAAAAUGGAAAGAGUUUCUCUAGCUCAGCAGGAAAGCAAUCUGCCAGUCAAAGAAGCUGCAUCAUUUCCCCAGCACAUCCCUGAAGGACUGUUUCAUUCUGGAGGUGAUGUCAGGCUAUUGACUUCCUCACAGGAGACCCCUAUCAAAUCUCUGGAUUCUAAUAUUUAUGACUCUGGGAGCCUGCGGGAACAUGCUGGGAGUGUGUAUUUCAUAGCUGCCAGACAAGAUGACAAAGCAGUAAAUGUUAUUCAAGGCAUCUCUGAACUAAGCCAGGAGCAACCUGCAAGGAUCAGCAACCCAGAAAGCAAAGCAGAGAAGCUGAUGACCUAUAAAAUGGAUGGGCCACACAGAGGCUAUUGUCUCAUUAUUAAUAAUUUUAUCUUUACUGGGACUCUUCAGAAGAGGAGAGGAUCUGAUAAAGAUGCUGAGAUGCUGGUGCAAGUGUUUACAUGGCUUGGUCUGGAUGUGAAGACUUAUACUAAUAAGACAUCAGUAGAAAUAGAAAAUAUCAUGCAGGAAUGGCGGUCAAAAGAUCACAGAGACAGGAACUGCUUUGUAUGCUGUAUUCUAUCUCACGGAGAGUCAGGAUUGGUCUAUGGGACAGACGAACGAGAAGUACCAAUCCGCAAGAUCAUGUCCUACUUCACAGCUAGCCAAUGCCUACAGCUGGCUGAAAAACCCAAACUCUUUUUUAUCCAGGCAUGUCAAGGCAAAGAGAUACAACAGGCUGUCUACAUUGAAUCAGAUGCACAGAAUCCUGACUUGCUUCCCAUACAGCAACUAGUCUCCCCUUCCGAAAGCAUUCCAGAAGAAGCUGAUUUCCUCCUUGGUAUGGCCACAGUGGUUGGCUAUGCAUCUUUCCGCCACAUACACCAUGGUACUUGGUACAUUCAAGCCCUCUGCAAUAAGUUACAGCUCUUGGUACCAAGAGGUGAAGACAUCUUAUCAAUUCUUACUGAAGUGAAUGAAGAUGUGAGCAAACGUGCAGACAACUUGGGAAGAAAGAAACAGAUGCCCCAGCCAGCCUACACCUUGAGGAAGAAACUGAUAUUCCCAGUGCCUAGAAGUCCACCCCCAUCACAGCAGCAAUAGGAUUUUUUUUCUGUUCAUUUAUGAUCCCAUCUUGCAUUGGAUAAGCCAGCACUCUUCUUAUUAAAUCAGGUGGAUGGUCAAUGAUUACCAUUCAGGAUGAGGUCUUCCUGAUAUCGCUAACACGUGGAGCCAAAGGAGAGUGCAAUCGGUACAACCAAUGGGCCAACUGGUCACAAUGUCUUUGCAGAAAUGACUGGUGGUGGUGGGGUGUGCUGGCAAUAUGAAUAAAUAUAGACUUUUGCAAGCUGGGUUCUGGGUUUCUGCAGGUGAAAUAGGUGCUGCAUAGGUUACUGUGGACACAAUAGGUGCAGAUGACUUUCCAUAUCUAAACCAGAGGGGUGUUAAUGAUCUGUUUUAAGACCAUGGUUCUUUUCUCUGUACAUUAAUGAUUUGGAAUCCUGUCAAUGAGAUCUCUUAUCAUGUGGAACAGUCUCCAAAAUCAGAAUGGACAAGACACCAGCAAAUGUGGUGUAGGGAGCUAAUCCUACAGUGGCAAGUGGACAUUGGUCUAUUCCCUCUCAAAUUUAAAUGAUUUACACACUUUGUGGAGCCACUAGAUUCCUCAUGUAAAGCAUUUAUUAAUCUCAGAGUGCAUGCUGUUGCCUUAAAACUGGAUGUUAAUUUGG